UGUAUUACACUUCGGAGUUAAACCGCAUGGUCUGUUAAAAUAUUAUCAGUAUACUAACAUGUUGGGUAAAUAUAAAGUAAUAGAUGCGAUAACGAAGAAACAAUAUGAUCUAUCGGAAGAGAUAACAUAUAAUAAAUCUAAUUAAUUUGGGGACGGAAACAAUAACAUCCGACUUUUUUUAAAAUAUAGCGACCAUGUCUCAGCACAUGAAACGUGCCAACGAAAGUAAUUCAUUCGGGCAGACCCCUUUGCAUUUGGCAGUGCGGAUUCAGCAGUUUAGUUUGGUUCAUAAUUUGAUACAAAAAGGGGCAAAUAUUAACACAGUAGAUAUUUUCGACAAUACACCUUUAUCUCUGGCAUGUAUAGAGAAACCGGACCAGAAAAUGGUUGCAUUUCUUUUACAUCACGGAGCAGAUGUUAAUUUGGAAAGACGUCUACACAUGGAUUUAUUUUUAGAAUGUGUCUUGAAUUGUUAUUCGAUCAAACAACUAGAAAUAAUCAAUUUACUGAUUGACGAAGGCAUCAAUGUCAACACAACCGACAAAGUCAACAACAGGAACUGCAUGCAUAUUGUAGCAAUUACAGGGUAUAUACCUUUGGCCGUAUUUCUUCUAGAAAAAGGAGCAAUAUUGAACAUCAAGGACAACUUCGAAAUUACUCCAAUUUUGUUGGCAAAAAUACAUCGAAACACUGAAAUAUUGAAAUUGUUUGAAUUGCAUUUGGCGAACGGAUAAUAAAUAUUAUCUUCUCACA